UGCACAUUACAAUAUGAAUGACACCUGCAGAGUCUGCAUUUCACACACACUAUAUAUGUGACAGGUGGGAGUCUUCAGAGGGCUGCAUGGAGCACACGGGGGGAAACGCAUACAACGGGGGCCACAUGGGGAAGAUUAUCUUCUAUGAGGACAAGAACUUCUCCGGGCGCUGCAUUGAGUGCAGCAAUGACUCCGCGGACCUGACGUGCCUCCUCAAUUGCUGCAACUCCAUCAGGGUGGAGAGCGGCUGCUUCAUGGUGUAUGAAAAGUCCAACUUUAACGGGAACCAGUACUGCCUGAGGAGAGGAGAGUACCCCGACUGUCAUGACUGGAUGGGUGUCGGCGACCGCGUCUGCUCUUGUCGCCUCAUCCACAUGCAGGAGCCCGGUUCGUUCAGCAUGCGCCUGUACGAGCGCAUCGAGUUCGGGGGUCAGAUGAUGGACCUGGAGGACGACUGCCCCAGCGUCAUGGACCGCUUCCACGUCAACGGCAUCUUCUCCUGCAACGUCACCGACGGCAACUGGCUCUUCUACGAGCAGCCGGACUACCGGGGCCGGAUGUACCUGAUCCGGCCCGGGGAUUACACGAGGUUCAGCGAGUGGGGCGGCCGGAGCGCCAGGGUCGGCUCCAUCCGACGCAUCCUGGCCUCGUGAUCUGUGUCCAGACGACCCCACGGAGGUCACCGGAAGCCCCCCCCCGGCUUCUUCAUGCUCCGAUCGUGACAAAGAAUAUUUAGAAUCCCAAAAAAAGGGGCGCUCGGUUUGACAGUUAAUUAAUCCAAAUGAGAUGCUGGUGACAUUAUUGCAAAGCACACCGGGAGCACAGAGAGCAACAGCAAAAUGUUUUUGUGACCUGUCAGCGUAAAAAAGAAACUGUAAAGUGGAUUAUUUUCCUUUCACUUGUGAACAGGACUUUUUGGAAAAAAACACUGUAUGAGUUCUGAAUACUCUGAACUUUACUCAGGUGUUAUGUUAUAACGCAAUCAUUUUCUGAAGGAUUGUACGAUUAAAUAUAAAUUAAAUCUUGCUGACGCCGUGCA